CCAGUCAUGGCUCAUUUCACAACCAUUCGGUCGAAAUUAAUCAAAUGGAAUAGUGCCGAAGGAAUUAUAUAGCUCGGUUUCAACUCAGCAUAACAAGUUAUUGCUCGUUCAUUAUUGUUUUUGGACCAUCAUCAUUCCUGUUCGAUUUCAGUUAUGGCGAACGCUACCCGUUCCAUGGAUGAUCAGGUCGAUUCGCUUCAACUCUAUGAUCACCACUAGUGAAUUCCGUACGGUGGCCAGUCGUCAAGGAUUGUUCGACGGCCCGCUGAGGGACAUACCGCGCUGCGGCUUCCGAACCUACCAUCCAUCCAAUCCGAAUGCGAUUCUCCAACUAUCCUACUACGGUAACGGGGUCAGUGCUUAG